AUGGAUGGAAUGAUCGAAGAAGCAGUUAAGAACUGUGCAUCAUGCCAAACUCUCACUCCUGAAUUUUGUUCCGUUGAACCUUAUAAGAUGUCUGAGUUACCAUCAGGACCAUGGGAGAACAUCAGCACACACUUUUGUGGACCCUUACCUUCAAGUGAUUACUUAUUUGUCAUGGUGGAUGAAUACUCCCGUUAUCCUAUUGUCGAAAUAGUGAAGUCUGUGUCUGCAAGAUCGACUAUUCCGGUACUUGACAAAGUCAUUAGUACAUUUGGAUUACCAAAAACUGUAAAAAGUGACAAUGGUAGCCCAUUUCAGUCAUAUGAAUUUAAGCAGUUUGCAGAGAACAUGGGAUUUGUACAUCGACGGAUCACCCCCAGAUGGCCCCGGGCCAAUGCCCAGGCUGAGAGUUUUGACAAACCACUCACGAAAGCGAUACGCUCUGCUUAUAUUAAUCAGCAGAAUUGGAAACAGGAUAUGUACAAAUUUUUACGGCAAUACCGUGCACCUCCACAUACGUCAACAGGACAAACUCCGUACAGACUACUUUUUAAUCGGGAACCAAGAACAAAAUUACCACAGACCUCGGAGAAAUCAGUUGAACUAGUUCUUGAUGAGAUGGUGAGGACACGCGAUAGUGAAGCGAAACGCGUCGUGAAACAGUAUGGUGACCAAAGAAACCGUGCGAUGAACUCGAAUAUUCAAGUUGGAGAUACUGUUUUGAUGAAGAAGGAGAUUCGUGGAAACAAACUGCAGCCAGUUUAUGACACAAACCCUAGGAGAGUGUCAGAUAAGAAAGGCUCGAUGGUGACCGUAGAUGACUCUGUUACACGCAAUGCAUCGAGUUUCAAGAAAAUCAGUGAUCAUGUUCGUAGUGAUCUUAAUAUGGACAAAGUGAUGUUAAAGAUCGAGGAUGAAGAUCUAAAGUGGCCAGAAUCAAAGUUACCCGAAUUUUCCAUGAGGAAUCCAAUUGAUGGUAGUCCAAAGCAGUGUGUGUCUGUAUCACCUAAGGAUAAAGCGACGCCAAGUGUUACUUUGAGCCCGAAGACACCAGUUGUGAGCCGUAGUGGUCGGGAAAGGAAACAACCGGUCAGGCUGAACUGUGCUAUAGUGAGUUAG